CUAAACGUUUAAUGAUCACUAUAAAUAAUAAGACGAUCAACUAAUACCUCCUAUGUCCGCAAAAAAAAAACGUACACUCGUAUGGCUAUGAUUACCUCAGACCCGACGAUGACUUUGCUCAAUGAUGUCAAACCAUACAAAACAUCUUGGAAGGUCGAAGUUAAAGUCCUGCAUUCAUGGACACAACAUUCAUCUUAUUCUGGUGGAGAUUCUCUUCAGUUCAUUCUUGCUGAUAAAACAGGAGUUAAGAUUCAUUGUACCUGCAAGAGACUCUUCUUUGCUCGUGUUAAGAAACUUCAAGUUGGACAAUGGAGGUUCAUUGAAAAUUUCUCACUAACCGCAGCUGCCGGAAAGUACCGACCGACAAGUCAUAAGUACAAAAUGUCGAUCAUCAGCAACUCCAACGUCACCAAUUCCACCCUGAAAGAUGAGGAUAAUUUUCUGUCAUUAACAUCUUUCACAGAAAUCAUGAACGGAAGUCUUGAUUCUAAUUUUUUGAUUGACGUUAUUGGUCAACCAAUUGAUAUCGGAGAUAUUCAGGUUGUGCCUGUGCAAGGUAAAGAAACAAAGAAGCUUGAGUUUACUUUGAUAGACACAGAGGAUCACCAAAUAGCAUGUUGUCUUUGGGGCCGGUUUGCUGAACAUAUGCUAUAUGCAUACAAAGUUGCUCAAGUCAAUAAGAAUUUUCUCUGUUUAGUGAGAUUUGCUAAAAUCAAUGUUUACAAGGGACAAGUUCAGGUUACAAAUGCUUUUGAUUCUUCCACUGUCGAAAUAAAUCCACCCGGAUUUGAUGUCCAAGACUAUCUUCAAGUGUUGCCUAGGAACGAGCUUGCUCUCACAACUGGUAGUCAUGAGCUUGCAAAACAUAAAGGAAGCAAACGCCAACCUGAUAAAUGGUCUAAUUAUCCUGAGAGAUCAAUUCUGGAUAUCAUUAUGGCGACUGAGACUGAAACCUGCAUUGUUAAGGGCACAAUUUAUGAAAUAGACACAGACUGGGCUUGGUUUUAUUUUGGUUGUGUUAAGUGCCACUUCAAAAAGGUUACCGACAUUACCAAAAGGGAUGUGGUUCCUGUGAAACAUCUGUGGUAUUGUGAUUCAUGCCAUCAGUCUGUAACCAAUGUUGCACCUCAGUUUAAACUCCAUCUACUUAUAAAGGAUGACACUGGUGAAACUAAGGUGAUGCUGCUUGAUACUAUUGCUGAACCAAUUUUGGGAGUGAGUGCUGAAGUGCUAUUAGAUGGUUCUCUAGAAGAGGUUGAAGAUCCUGAAGACUUGCCUGCUGCUAUUAAUGAGCUUAUUGGAAAAACUUUCAAAUUUGGUGUCUAUGUGAGCAAAGACAAUGUUGACUAUGGAGCUGAUAUAUUUAACAUUGGGAAAACAUGGUCUGCUGAUGAGAUCAUAACUCACUCGGAUGAUGAGAAUACUGAUGAUACGUUGACUAACAGAGCUUUAUCUAACCGUUCCUCAGGACAGGUCUCUUUGGUCAGCAUGGAAAGUGAAGAGAACACAUGUUUGUCGUCAACUCCACUAUCAAAACGAAAGGGAGAAUGUGAGAUUGAUGAUCUUUCUUCUACCAAUAAGAAACAAUGCUCAAAGAUAAUUAAGCAGGAAAAGAAGUAGUGGUGGAGAAAACUGAGAUGCUACGUGUUUUGUUUUUGCUUUUAAUAAUCGUUUUAUUUUCAGAAACUAUGUUUUUUUGAAUUUUCUAUUAUCUGGUUUAUUUCCAUAUGCUGUAUUGUUUUGUUUUUAUCAAUAAAGAGGAUUUUUUAAUAAUAA